CGCACGUUUCUCGAAUCCGUCCAUCUACACAAAGUUUAUUAUACGUUCACCAUCGACGAUCAGCUCUCAGUUUACUCAGUAUACUAAAAGUAAACUUGGGCAAGCGCACGUCCGUGUGGUACCCAAGUGAGCUGCGAUACGGUGACAGUUCUUCCCGGGUAAUUGUUCGAAACAGUCGCGCGUUAACCCAAUUUCAAACAAAUAAAAUUGAAGAUUAUGUUGAAGAAAAAGUGAAAAUAAACAACAAAAGUUUCGGUGAAAGUGGAUUUGAGUGAAAGUUACAUACCAUGGAUUCACCUCAAAUGUACGACAAUCAACAAAACAACCCCAUAAAUCAAGAUGCUAAAAAAACAGUCAUAAUGAACAAUAAUAAUAAUAAUUUAACUACCCUUAAUAAUAAUAACGGUAGUUCGAAACAAACUCAAGCUAUUUUAAAACAACACCAAUUACAACAAUACCAACAACAUAACGAAUUAAGUGAUUUAAACACCCCCGAAAUAUCGUUAGAUUUACAAAAUUUAAUAGACGAUUCCCAAUUUAGUGAUGGUUUAUUCACCGAAAUACUUUCCAAUCAAGGAAAACACAUUCAAAAUUUACAAACUAGACAAGUUAUGGGGGUACAUAAUACGAACUACCCCCGUACGACUUUAGCUUACAUGCCCCAACCGGUCCAUAGUGGCGCGACUUAUUCGGCAAAUCAAAACUCUAACAGUGAUUCGAAUAGUUCCGCCGGAAGUGACGUGCCUAGUAUCAAAGAAGAACCGAUUGAUCCGCAGGAAUAUAGAAGACAACCGGGCUGUAAUAUAAUAUCGAAUAAUUACAUCCCCGGAACGUACCCCCAAAAUCCCGGUGCUAAUUUUACGACGUUAACACCCAGUCCUGUCAUCCACCAUCAAUUAAACAUAAAUAUGAAGAAUAAAAACGCGUUGAUGAAUCAACAUAACAUAGCAAGAAAAAAUAUGAAACCGUGUGAUAAAAACAGCGACGAAUAUAGACGAAGAAGAGAAAGGAAUAAUAUAGCGGUGAGGAAGAGUAGGGAAAAAGCGAAAGUGCGGACGAGGGAAACAGAAGAAAAAGUCAAAAUUUUGAUUAAAGAAAACGAGAGGCUACAAAAAAGGAUUGAAUUGUUAACGGAAGAGUUGAACGUGCUUAGAAGUUUGUUUUCUAGCGUUGGGGUUCUACCAGAACACGUCCAUAGAGAAAUCAAUAAACAUUUGGAUUCGUUUCAACUCCAACAUCAACAACAACAUAUGUCGGAAGAUAAUAGACAGAGGAUGAUGGAUAUGGUACACGAUUACGGACCAUAGUCUUAGAUUUUGUCCAAUGUGUCCAAAUUUAAUAAAUCGCAGCUGGUGUUUGAUGAUAUUUGUUGUUGUUGGAUAUUUAUGUAGGUAAUUUGAAAAGCUUUAAAUUAUUUGACGAUUUGGCCGUUUUCUGGAUAAUUUUUUUAUUUGGAAUGUGGGGUAAUAUGCGGAAGGAAUCGUUUGUAAUGGAGUAAUUUUAUCUAGGAAUUGGCCUAGGCGUGAAAUCGGUGGAAAUUCGAAUUUUCACUAAAAUUUUUUUAUGAAUCUUAAAGAUUCUUUAGUUAGAUCUCUUUCAUACUGAGUGUUAUACAAAUUGGCGACUAGUGAACGAAGUUUUAUGUAAAUAUAAGAUUUAUAUAAGUUUUUGUUUAUUAUAAAAAAUGGUGCAACUUUUUUGAAUUGUAUUUUUUACGUAAUUUGAAAUUUUGUAAAAAAAAUAUUUUUUAAAUUAAAACAAAAACGAAAUUUACAGCAAUUUAUAGAAACACAAAAAAGAAAAAGUAAAUGAAAUCGAUAUAUAAUAUACAGGGGGAUUCGUAAAGUAUACAUUUUUUUGAAAAAUUUUUUAAUUUCGUUUUUUAUAUAAAUGAUAAUUUCUUUUUUUGAAAAUGAUUUUUUACACAUAUUGCCCUUUUAAUAGAGAUUGAAUAUUUAUAGGGCGAUUCUAAAUAAAUAAGACAAAAUUUUGGAAAAGUAAUUUUGAAAAUAAUAAAUUUUUUAUAACGAAAAUUUGUUUGAAAAAAGUUUUUUGAUUAAAACAAAAAUGAAAUUUGCAGGAAAUUAUAGAAAAACGAAAGAAACAAAUCAAAUGAAAUCAAUAUAUAAAAAUUUCGCGAUAUACAGGGGGAUUCAUAAAGUUAUAAUACAUUUUUUGAGUUUUUUUCUUAAUUUCGUUUUUUAAAUAUAUACGACAAAAUUUUGGAAAACAAUUUUGAAAAUAAUAAAUUUUUUGUAUCGAAAAUUUGUUUCUAAAAAGUUUUUUGAUUAAAUCAAAAACAAAAUUUGCAGGAAGUUAUAUAAAAAUGAAAGAAAUAAAUCAAAUUAAAUCAACAUAUAAAAAUUUCGCGAUAUACAGGGGGAUUCAUAAAGUUAUAAUACAUUUUUUGAGUUUUUUUCUUAAUUUCGUUUUUUUUUGUAAAAAUUUCUUUUUAUAAAAUAAAAUAAAGAUUGAAUAUAUA